CAAGUACAGUUAUCAAUUUAUUUACAGUUUUUUAUUUCACGGCACACGUCGAUGUUUUAUUGCGAAAUAAACAAUAAUCGAAUGCUCCAUGAUAACGAGUAUAUUAGUGUAUUUAUGUACAUUAAAUACUUAUUAUGUGCCCGGUUUAUUGUGUAACGUCGGAAAUGUUUCCACUGGAUCGGUGAUAAUGAAAAUCCGAGCACUAACUCUCUCAGAUAUAUCUAGUAAGAUAAAACCCAAUUGAGAAAAGUAAAUCGAGUAGGCUAAUUUGGUGAACGAUUAGAGAGGAUCAUUAUCAAGUUUGCCGAGGGAAAGGUCCAAAAGGUCGCGUAAACAUCGAUUACAUUCCCGUCGAUCGAUCGAUUACUUAUUCGCGCAUCGAACGGUAACAGAGCGGAUCGGCGCGUCCGAUGAAAAGCGGGAAAAUCGCCGGAAAAUGAACGUUUUGUGCGUGCUGUUCGGCUGGUCGAUAGGCGUUUGUUACGGCUUCGUUCUCCUGUCGUCGGCGAGCGAGCAGGCCGUGGAAAUUUUCGAAUCGGGACGCGCGUACUCGUACGAGUACCGAUCGAUCGUUUCCUUGAACGAGGAAAAUCGCUCGGGGAAAGUCCAGGCGGAAAAUCCUGGAGGGUUUUCCGUGGAAGGGGACGUGACGGUGCAAGUCGUCGCGGAGAUCGAGGGCGGCGGGAGGUGCCUGAAAAUCGAGUUUCUAUCGCCGAAACUGCGCGUUCCGUCGAAAGAUCGAUUAGUUUUCCAGCCAUCUAGAUUAGAUGCGACGAAAAACUCCCCGUUUUUUGCGCUGUGGGAAAGCGGGAAAGUGUCGGGAAUCUUCCUCGAGGAAAGCGAGGAGGUAUCCAUGAAGAAUCUGAAGAAAGGAAUCGCCAGUUUGUUACAGUUUCAGCUAGUCAAUGGAAAACUCGAAACUGAAGAAACGGAUUCGUCGGGAAAAUGCUCCACCGUGUAUAUUUCCACUACAGAUUUUCCUUCAAAUCUAACCAAAACGAAAUCAAACUGCAUUUCCCCGGAUUUAGAUAAACAAGAAAUCCCCCAAAAUCCUUCACUCUCCGUGGAAAUUCUAUCGAAAAGGACCACAAAUUACCAAUUCCAGCAAAAUCCCGAUCGAAUUUCCUCCAUACAUUCCAGGGAAAUCCACUCGGCUUUCCUCUCCGCGAGAGAGGAGAUGGGAAAUCGCCUGGAAACCGAGGAAACUCUGAUCCUGCGUCGGUUCGGCAACGUCGAUAUUGAAAAUUCCCAAAAAAAAGCUGGGAAAGCCGACGAAUUUGUGGAAAAUUUCGGCAGGGAAAAAGGCUUGACCUACGCCAGGGAAAGCCUGCUGACGGAAAUCGAGCGAAAUGCCGAUGGAGAUGUUGGAAAAUCCUUCGGAAAAACCGUAGAAUUUCACAGGGACAGCUUGAAAGUCGCCGAAGUUGCCACGACGAAACAAAGUCGGGCUUUCUUGGAAGUUUUGAAAGCGGCAAGAAAAGCGGAAAAACGGGAAUUGUUGGAUGUUUUGAAGGCUAAGAAGAACAAGGAAAUUUUGCCCCAAUUGUACGACGUCCUCGGCCACGUGGGCACCCAGGAGGCCCACCAAGCGGUCACCAAGCGCCUGCACUUCGAGAAACACGAUUUGACCGAUCUCAGCGAGCGCUAUCUGUGGGCCCUCGCCUUCUCCCCGCGGCCCCGGCCCGAAGUCAUCAAGGACCUGCUCGACAAGUUCAGCAAACUCAACGACAUCCCGGAGAAAGUCCAGGAAACCCUCGUCCUGGCCGUCGCCUCCAUGGCCCGAAAAUUGCACCACGUCCAUCAAGGUACAUUCGAGGCGGUACAAGAGACGAUAUUGAACAAUUUGGACUACGCAAAAGGCGAUGGAAAGCUCAAAUACCUGCGAGCUUUGAGGAACUUGAAAGCCCCGAACACCCUACCUGUUUUAUUCAAGUACAUAUCCAGCGGUACGGCUUUAGAAGGAGCCCUAUCGUGGAGGGCCGUGGAAGCCAUGGUUAAAGAUAACCGCCGGUUAAACACAACCGAUGUCCUCUCCGAGGCGGAAAAGACGCUCUUCCAGCUGAACAGGCGCCACGACAGCAGCGCCCGAACCAUCGCCGCGGACAUCCUGAUAGAGGAAUCGCGGCGAAGCGGAAAACUGUCCGGAAAACUGCUGGAUUUCCUGGUGUUGCCCGAUCCGAACUACGAGGUGAAGCGGUACGUGCGCCAGCGCAUCGAGAUGGCCGCGGAGCGCGACGGGGAGUUCGGAAAAUCGGCGGAGAAGCGCUGGAAGGGCGAGAGAUUGCUGAACAAUUACUCGGGGGCGAGUCCCAGGGGACUGUCGGUGUCGUUGGCGAGGAAAUUCCUGGAGCAUCCGUCGUGGAACGGGAGUUUGGUGGCCGUGCAGGAGAUGAAAUCGGGCGUGGUGAAACGGGGGAAAAUCGACGUGGUGAUGGAGAAAAACGGGCUGGAAGAUGAAUUGUUCAGCCUGGGCAUCUUCUCCAACGGCUUGCAUAGCUUCAUGUCGGGCGACGAAGAAGAGGCCGAAGAAGAGGGAACUUCCGCGGCCACCGCGGGCAUAGAGUUGGCUGUUUUGGGCGCGCAAAUCAGGCCUUUCGUCUUCUUCGAGGGCCAAGGGGAGCUCAUGGGGCACGUGUGGUCGGGCACGGCUUCGGAAUUGACCCCCGCCUUCCAGGUAAUAACGUUGUUGCAAGAUCAGAGCGAAUAUGUCAGAUUAGGUUCUGGAUUAAUAGGGAAAAUCGAUAUUAAAGGCGCCGCCUCCUUGGAUUUAUCCGGUCAAAUAGAGAUAUCCCUGUGGAAUCGAAAUGCUCGAUCGCUCGUCAGGAAAUCUGCCGGAAUCGUCGUAAUCGGUUCGACUGGGAUCGAUUCGUCGUUCGUAAAAUCGUCGAUCGAAUUCGUGAGUUCGAUCGAACCGAUUUUGAAUCUCCAAACCGAUAUUGAUUUUUCAUCGAACUUGCAAUUGUGCAUGAGACUGACCCAACCGGAAACCGUUUUAAGACAUACCGUGAGGAAAAUCGAAGCAAUACCGGAAAACAAGAAGGAAACGAGGACGUCGAAAAACCGGAAAAUGUCCGUUCCGGGAAAAUCAUACAAUUUCAAUAAGAAAAACAACGAAAUGUGCAAAGCCUUGUUUGGUUAAGUUUUCCUCAUUUACGGAUUUAUUCGGGUAUUUUUAUAAAAUAUAAAUGUUAAAA